GAGCCAGCCAGCUAACCAAUCAGCAGACGAUUUUUUAUAUAAGUAUUUAUUUUCAAUGUGGCGGACCCAUUAGGCUCUUGAAUCCUUUCCACACCAGAAUCGUUCUUUUUUUCUCCACCGUCAGGUUUCCAUCCCCACCCAUUUCCCCACACGUUACAGAAAUCCCCAGUGUGGUGUGUUGGCUGUUUGUGCUACAUUGCCCACUGAUUAAUACACAAAAAAGAUUAGAAGUUAAAAGCUUCACCAGCAGCUAAAAUAUUCAUUGCACCCAACGAUAAAAAAGUGGUUUACCUUUCUUAAUCCUACAUUUGUGAGGCUCUUAGGGGUCAUUGAGCCAUUACCAAGAAAAGGGUUCAUCCUCUGAGGAACAUGAGUGGACUGAGCAAAAAGCACAGCAGACUGUCAUUAGAUGUAGAUUCAAAUGGUCUAUAUUGUAAGAACUAUUCCUUUUUAUCCUUAAUAGCAGUGAAAAGGUUAGCUUGAACUUUUUUUAAACUCAUACAGGGUUAACAAACAUUACAAAAUACAAUAAAUGUUGCCUUAAUUUGAAAGAGAAGGAAAAUACUGCAUACAAAAGGUUUUAAAUAUAAUGUGUGCUCAAGUAUUGCCUAUAGCCCUGUUACAAGUUUGAUCUUUAAUAUUAAAGAGGGCAAUAUUGCUUGCCGAAAGUGGUUUAGAACUUAGCAAAAAAUGCAUUCACCUCUACAAACGUACAAGAAAAAAACUCGGUAUUGAUCAGUUCUUUGUGAUGGAGUCUUCCACAUCAACACACUGUCCAAAGGUGCUGUUGUGACAUAAAUCUGAAUGACUGAUGCUGUUUCUGACAUAUUUGGUCGACACUUCACUUCCAUAUCAGGUUUGACACGUUAUCCUCACAUUGAUCUUUCUCUUUCUGUCUGUCUUCCUUUCAGCCUGCAUGCAGAAUGUCUCUAACCCUAAUCAAACUAAUCCACACGCUCUAGAUCGCACCUGUGCCAGACUCCAUGUGAAGAAUAAUCUGCUUUCUGUCUGCUGAUUGAACAUGGCAUAUUGUUUCAGAGGGACCUUUAAUUUCACUUUUCUGUUUGCUCUCAUGUGUGUGGUUCUUCUGUUUCUGUUCUUGGUGUCCCGGCCCCCGUCAAAGCUCCCUCCCUGCUUUCGGAGCCAUGCUGAGUGCCACACUGACGCAUAAAAGCAGCCAAAUCAAACACUCUGCCACACAUGUUCACUUCAAAUGGGACUGAAUGAAAGCAGAGUGCUCUCUUUGGAGCGCAGGGCUGUGCGUCAGCAGCUUGUUUCUGUUCAGUAUGAGCUUCCCUUGUAUUGGUGAUGCAGAAGUUGCCUCAGAUCCUUGAUUUGGAUUUCUCGAAAGUGUCUGAACAUGAAUUCGCCUCUUGUAUCUCUUUAAAGUUGCACUCCUUGCGAUGAUGAACAUGACUUUCAACUCCAAUUUGAUACUACUAACUGUAUGACAAACAGUUUUUCUGUACGGCAUCCCUAGUGGUCUUUAAUUAGAACCGAGCUGUGGGCCCUGCCCUUUUAAAAUACACCAGUACCACCAACUUUAUAUCAACUGCAUCAAUCGAGGCUAUAGCUAAUCAUCAUCUAUUUAUAGGGAAGCUGAUAUGAAUGGAAACCAAUGGCUACCUUCUUUAAGUAGGAACAUUCCCUAAACCAGAACAAUAUGCUAUUCUUUUGAAUAUUUCUGAUGGUUUCAGUGUGUUAGAGUAAUGACUGCUUUUAUGGGGCUGUGUCACCAUGAGUGUGUCCUCGUAAUUUUGACCUCUCUAACAAUGUCCUCACUAUGUCCCGGGCCAUAAUAAGCUGGUGUUGGUGCUUCCGGAGGCAACCAUUAUCUACUGCUGGUGCUGGUGGUGGUGCACAGUUUGGACAGGAGGAUGUAGUCUGUGUUUAACUGUCUGUCUGUCCGUCCGUCAGACAUAUCAGAGAUGGAGUCAUACCAUUCCUAUUCCCCUCCAGAGGAGAGGAGGUCCCGCCAGUCUGACCUGUCCUCCCACUCUUCUAAUGAAAGAGACAACCCCAGGGAAGAACCCAUGAAGACAGCCAAGAUGUCCGCCAUGGCCUCCCCCUUCAGAGUCCCUGAAGACCCCCAUGCCUCCACAGAGCUGAACAGAGAGUCGGGGCACCAAGAGCAGCCUCCAGUUGCCAUAACAACCACACCAAAGAUUCUCCUCCGACCAAGUCCAGAAGAUGAAAAAACAUAUGGGCCCAACACGGUGAUGGUGAAUUUCCAAAAGGGGGACAGUGUGGGGCUGAGGCUGGCAGGAGGAAACGAUGUGGGCAUCUUCAUCGCCAGUGUUCAAGAGGGCAGUCCUGCCGAGAAGGAGGGUCUACACAUAGGGGACCAAAUCCUAAAGGUGAACAAUGUGGAUUUUCAAGGAGUAGUGAGAGAGGAAGCCGUGCUCUUCCUGUUGGAGAUUCCUAAAGGGGAAAUGGUCACCAUCCUGGCUCAGAGCAAACCUGACGACGGGAAGCGAAAGAACGAGUAA